UGGACUGCUACACAGCCCGCAACACACUUACAAAGGACAGACUGCGUGUAUGUGUGACAGUGUGUGUGUGUGCAUGGGUAACAGAGGAGUGUGUGUGUGUGUGUAGGAUAAUGGUUGUGAAUGAGUGAGAGUCUUUCAUGUGCUCUGGAACUGGAUGCAGUGAGCAAUAAUCCUCUUGAGGAAAAAUAGGAUACAGACAAGUGAACUGGAGACAGAGGACUGAACACUUUUACUCUUCACACUUCGGCUGCUUUCAGGGCAGGUGCAAGCCCAGCAAACUACUUUAGUAAGCCUAUUAUCAAUGUAGGUGUUUCUCGAUAAAUGCGACGGACUGUAGCGGGACUUUUUGUUCAUUUGGUUGCACCUUUUUUCUUUUUUUCUUUUUGCCUGAGAAGAGAACUUUGUCUUUAUCAAAGGUAGAGCGCUCAGGACGGUUUUCAGGGCACCUCUGGGAGCACAAGAAGAGGGAUUCUCUAUGGUGAAGAUGAGUCUGGAUCCUGUACAGGUGAUGAGCGAACAGGAGCUCAAAGUUGCCCCUACCUCCAACGGGGAGAGCAGAGGAUCAUGGGAAGAGAAAGAACAGUUUGGUCAGGAUCACCUGGGCCUCACCACCAAGCCAAAACCAGUGACAGGGAGACGAGCCCGGAAGGUGGAGGGAGGCGUGUUCUUCCCGAAGCCAGAGAACGCAGUGACUAUUGCCGUUUCUUCUCGCGUCUUGUUUCGGACUGAGCGUGAGCAGAAGGUGUUUGAGCAGAAAGGGGUGGAGGAGUAUCUGAGGUAUCAGAUCGAACAUGAGAACGAACCCUUUGCCCCUGGACCCGCUUUCCCCUUUGUAAAGGCUCUAGAGGCAGUCAACGCUCGUUUGCGGGAGCUGUACCCACAGAGUGAAGAACUAUUCGACAUUGUUUUGGUGACAUACAACCACGCGCACGUAGGAAUACGUCUCAUCAACACCAUCAACCAUCACAACUUGUUCAUUGAGAGGUUUUGUAUGACGGGGGGAAGCAGUCCUAUCGGCUACCUGAAGGCCUGGCACACCAACCUCUACCUGUCUGCUGAUGCAGACAAAGUCAGGGAGGCGCUGGCUGAAGGCAUCGCAGCGGCCACCAUGUUCAUGCCGGAGAAGCAGACAGAGGUCUCAGAGUCCCAGCUGAGGGUGGCGUUUGACGGUGAUGCCGUGCUCUUCUCGGAUGAGUCAGAGCGCAUCUUUAAGGCCCACGGGCUGGACAAGUUCUUCGAACACGAGCGGGAAAAUGAGGACACGCUAUUGGAUCAUGGUCCCCUGAAGGGCUUUCUGGAGGCACUAGGGAAGCUCCAGAAAAAGUUUUACGCCAAAGGCCAUCGCCUGGACUGUCCCAUCCGGACCUACUUGGUGACCGCUCGUAGUGCAGCCAGCUCCGGGAUUCGGGCGCUGAAGACACUCAGGGCCUGGGGCUUGGAGAUCGACGAGGCCCUGUUCCUGGCAGGAGCACCGAAGGGGCCCAUGCUGGAGAAGAUCAGGCCACACAUCUACUUUGAUGAUCAGAUGUUUCAUGUGGAGGGAGCAGCAGAGAUGGGCACCAUCGCUGCCCAUGUGCCCUAUGGCAUUGCACAGAAACAUAACCCCAAACAGAAUACCAGUGUGGGGAAGUAGACAGCAGGACCUCAGAUGCCAAUGGUACAGUCAUUCAGCUGGAAACGGAACAAGGGAAGAAGGAUGGGAUGGAAAAAGAUUGAAGAGAUUGGGAAGAUGAACUUGUACUGUAUUGUAUGUGGAAAUGCAUAACUUCCAAACUGUAGCAAUUGUAUUGUACGUCUGUUUCACCACAGUGCAAACUGUCUAUCGUCUCAGGAGUUAGACACAGGUCUGAGUAGAGGUCAGGUAGAGGUCUGGAACCUGAGAUGACUCUCCGUUGCUAGACAAAGACAUAAUGCUCCAAUUUUGUUAUGUCUUCUCACUCAUCAAACAGCACACUCCAAAAUUUAGCUGCCUUCAGUUUUACACUCAGUUCUGAAUCGACUGCCUGUGUGAUGCUCUGCAUGACCAUCACCACCGCUGCACUCCACCCGCAUUUCUCCUGAAUGAUAUUCAUGCCCGACAUUAACGCUAUGCCUCUUGAAAAGUGCAAUAUUGUCCUCAUAAAAAAAGCACAGGACGUGCAUGUUUUGCUUUGUGCUUUGUUCUUCUUCAUUCAGUCUGUCCUGCCACCUGUCAAAGAGGGCAACUGGAUUUCUGAUCCUGGCUGCGCUUGUUAUCAGUAGUUUGCACGAUGUUCAUGUGCUCUUUACUCUUCUCUUGCUUUUUGAAAGCUGGAAGACUGAUUUAUUUUUGUCUCUAUAUUAAAGGCACUGCUUUUAGCUGGAAGGUCUGGGAUCUUCACGGCACAUUCUGCACCACAUCUGUGUGCAGCCGUCAUCUGUUUGGGAACCAGGCUACUUCCUGCAGCUACUUUUCUGUAAAUGCACCUUUUUAAUGUUCAGGUCCAGUCUGGCAUUUCUUUGCACGUGGUGGAAUACCAAAGUAAUUACUAAAUGUGACUUGCUUCUUGGACAUUUUGAUGAAUUGAUGAAAAUCACAAAACCAGAGACAAAAUCUAAGCUAGUUGUAAUGUAAACUAUUUGUUGGGGCUAAGUUCACUUAAUCAAGAACGAAGGCUAAAAGUGACACAAUUACCAACAGAUUACGAACAUUAACACCUUUGUCAUUAAGGCUACUUUACUGGUGAUGUGUGGAGAAAAUCCUUGUUUCAGUUUUUGUGUCCCAAAAACGCCAAAAAUGUUGGUACGCAAAAGCGUCGCUUUUCCUAACCUCCGCUGCACAUCCUUUAUUUAGACAACGCAUGCGCACCUCCGUAUCAGCUGUGUGCCCGUCUGUUUUUAUGGGACUUUCAAAGGUGCUUAAUUGCCACGGUAACCUGACUCUGUUUCUCUCACUACCACUUGUCUUCAUAAAGAAGACACCUUUUUAGUGUAUCCUGCAGGAUACUGAAUGAAUGGAUUCACCAACUCCUGUUUAAAUAGAGCACAGACACUACACUGUAUGCUGUCAGUAAAUGAGCCAUAAGCACAAUGCAGAGAUAUUAUAAUGUUUAAAGUUAUAGUGAUGUACUGUGGCAUAAGAGUCAUAAUUUAAAGUUUGUGUGUCAAUCAUUUCACAGUUUGAUUUCACAAGAAUGUAAAACUGUUUGACUGCAACUAUACAAAAUGUAUAUUACUGAAAAUAGCAAUAUUAUCUACUGUUGUGUUAGUCCAAAACAAAUAUAGCCAUACGUUUCAGUUGGUGCCUUAGUUUAAAUGAAGAUACUAUUUACACUUUGGUCCUCGACAUCUGUUGCAAACACUGACAUUAACUUCAGUACAAACAUUAAUGGUCCCUCAGACAAUGAAAACUCCAAAAUUCAUGAUUCAUUUCCAACAUUGUUUAACAUGCUAAGAUUAGUGUUCUCAAAGCACAUCUGUGUCUAAGUACAACUGAGGCUAACCAAGGACAAUGUACACAGAUUAAAGUUGAGUGGACUCUGACAGUUCUGCUCUGAAAUGUCCCUAAAAAUGUCCCUGUUUGAUGUAUAACAGCUUCAGUCUGCUCACUCAGACCAUAUGGUGGGCUACAUUUUGGCUCCACUAGUGCUAAACAAAGCUAUAUCUCUGUGUUUAAUUUGAGUAUUACAGUCCAGGGGCCCUACUGGCAUGGCUUGUUUGAAAGUCAACCUGCUAACAAGUAUGAGGGAGUUAAAGCUCAUGUGAAAAGUGUUGUGCUUCCUCGGAACAGAACACAGAUGUGCAUCAAGCAGCUGUCUUGAUUUUACUGCCCUCUCCUGUAAGCCAAGGAUAAAACAAAGUCACCCUCUGCUUUGGUGCUGAUUGAUCUUGUAAAAUGUAAUUAAUUGAACUGCAUCUGGAAAUCAGUAACUCACUUCAGUUACAGUGUGACUCAUGUUUGAUUGAAAAACACAAAUUUGUUAUUCACUGGCAAAAUGGCAGCAGUGGCCUUUUGAAAAUGUCAAUCCACUUCACAUUACUCUGCUAUUGCCGGCGCGUCCUAGGAAAUUUCCCACCGACUGUAUAUUUAGCGAUGCUUCAUUACACCUCAUCAGGCGUCGGAGGACCACGGAGCUCAGGACAAGUGACAAGCAAUCCACAGGUUUCAUUUCACACCCAAAAGACAUAAUUAAAGAGAUGCGUCUUUUGGCAGUCGUUUGCUCUAAAAUGAUGGCUGAGUUAUCGGAGGAUAAUGUUUCUGUUGGGUGAUUUAAUGAGUCAGGGCAGUUUAGACUUCAGGGUGACAUUCAGGAGUAGAUUUAAUGCAGAGGAAGCAACGUUUAAAAACAUUUCAAACAUUUCAAGUUUAUGAUGACUACAGAUACUUGUGAAAAAUUAAAAAUGGCUUUGCAAUAAGAAC